AUGUCAGAAUCAUCACGAAGAAGGAAGAGUAAAGAAUCAAAGACGACAAAGAAAACAAAGUUGAGAUACGUAGAGCAUGAGCAUGAACAACUUGAAGAUGAAAAUGACCUGGAAGUGGGUGUCGAGUUCAGGGUGCAUGAUCCUACCAUCAAGUGGAACCAAAUGAAGCCUACAGUUGUUUUGGUUGAUGAGUUGGGUGUUGAGGGUAGAAGGGGUCUAGUUGUCAUUUCAGAUCAACAAAAGGGUGUAGAUGUUAAUGAGAUUGAAAAUUACUUGGAAGCAGAAUGGGAUGUCAUACACGACCUUGUGCCACUAGUGCAAAGGGAAGUUGCUAUACAAGAUUUAGAUGCUAAUGCUUGGGUUAGUGAAGAUUAUGAGGAAACUAAUGGGGAGAAUGACUUCAUUGAAGAUACACAAGUUGUUGGGAGUCCUAGGAAAAUGAAGAUUUAUGAGAAGAUUGUGAAGAUCAAGAUGAAGAAAGCAGUUUAUGAUAAGGAUGGACGGGGUUCUAGUAUUAAGAAACCAGUUAAUUUGGAGUAG